AUGAUCAAGGCCGGAGACAUCCUUGGUCACAAGAACACCGCCAUUUUCUUCUCACCUCACGGCCCUCACUGGAGCAAUCUCCGCCGUCUCACCUCCUCAGAACUCCUCUCCACCCGCCGGCUCAACCUCCUCUCAGGAAUCCGGUUCAAUGAGUUCCUCUCCCUAAUCCACCGCAUGGUGCAAGCCUCUUCAUCCGGCGAGAUUGAGCUCAGAGCAAGGCUCUUUGAAAUGGCCCACAAUUCAAUGUCCAAAAUGGUGUUUGGGAAGAGGUAUUAUGGUGAAAACUUGGACGUUGAAGUGGAUGUUGCCAACCAGUUUAAGGAUAUCAUGCAUGAGGUAAUUGAUCUCGUGUUCUCUUUCAAUCCAAGAGAUUUUUUCCCGGCGUUAGGGUGGUUGGAUUUGCUUGGUGUUGAGAGGAGGAUGAAGAGGCUGCUUCCAAGGUUAGACGGAUUCAUCACUGAGAUCAUCGAGGAGCAGAGGAGAAGGAGGAGUGAAGAGGCUAACGCCGGCAGAGAAGCGGAGGAGAGAAAUCUACUUGAUGUCAUGCUAUCCAUGCAGGAAACUGAUCACGAGAUGUACACAGAUGAGCACAUCAACGGUCAUAUCCUGGGUGUUCAGAACUUUGACUUGAAAGUUCCUUGGGUCUCGUUCUUGUUUGGCUUGACCAUUUGGGUCAAGAGCAAUAUCUGUUGUGAUGUGGAGAGCUGCUGGCUUGAGGUGUUCGACGAAAUGUCUCUAGAUUAUCCGAUAAUGUAA